GGGGCUCUUCUCCACGGCCGACUUCGACGCCGCCCUGCGAGGAGGAGAGGUUCACUUCGGCACCCACCUGGAUGUGACCAGCUAUGCCGAGGGAGUGCGGGAGACGCACAACCCCUGCGGCAGAGCCCUGCCCCCGGUCGUGUGGGACUUCUACCAGAACGGCUGCUCCCUGCGCCUCCUCUGCCCGCAGGCCUUCUCCUCCACCGUCUGGGACUUCCUCUCCAUCCUGCAGGAGCAGUUUGGCAGCAUGGCAGGGGCGAACACCUACCUCACGCCCCCGGGUACGCAGGGCUUUGCCCCCCACUAUGAUGACAUCGAGGCCUUCGUGCUGCAGCUGGAGGGGAAGAAGCACUGGCGUGUCUACAGGCCCCGAACAGAUGCUGAGGUGCUGCCGCAGUUCUCCAGCGCAAACCUCACGCAGGCUGAACUUGGCGAGCCUGUGCUGGAGACGGUGCUGGAGGCUGGGGACCUGCUGUACUUCCCCCGUGGCUUUAUCCACCAGGGUGAUUGUCUCCCUGAUUCACAUUCGCUCCACAUCACGGUGUCUUCCUACCAGAGGAAUUCCUGGGGGGACUUUCUGGAGAAGCUACUCCCAGCUGCCCUGCAGAUGGCCCUAGAGGAAGACGUGGAGUACCGACGAGGGCUUCCCAUGGACUACCUGCAGUAUAUGGGGGUCGCUAACUCAGACGCAGUCGAUGCUCGGCGAACGGCCUUUGUGGAGAAGUUGCAGAGCCUGAUAAAGAAACUCAUUGACUAUGCACCCGUCGAUGCUGCUGUGGAUCAGAGAGCCAAGUCGUUUCUUCAUGACUGUCUCCCUCCAGUGCUCACACAAAGUGAAAAGGCGCAGAGUGUCUAUGGCUUCCCAGCACGGUGGCAAGAUGGAGGCCCCUGCAAUGUUGAUAUCCUGAUAACAAAGGACACCGAAGUCCGCCUGCUCCGCCAUGGCAUCAUUAGGCUGUGUAAUGAAGAAGCAGGUGUGAUGCUGUACUACACUACGGAAAACUCAAGAGUGUAUCAUAAGGAAGAACCCAAGUUCCUUGAGCUGGAUCCCGAGUAUACAGAAAGUAUUGAAUUUCUCCUGUCUUCCUAUCCAAAUCACGUCAGUGUAGAUAACCUUCCAUGUGAAACCUUGGAGGAGAAGAUUUCUCUAGCUACACUUCUGUUUGAGAAGGGUAUUCUGACUACAAAGAAGCCUCUGGCACAAGUCUAACUCUUAUUUUUUCACAAAAUAAAUGUACGCUUGUUUAGAAAAA